GCACGAGGAGGAGCAUUCCGAAGGGCACGCGACGCCAGAUGUUUUCUUGCGUUUCCUGAAGCCAUCAGUCAUCAACGCCAUCUGGGCUAACACUGCGCCAGGUGCGAAGCUGCGCAACUUUAUCGUGGACUACAUCAUCAAGUAUGCGCCACAUCGCCAACUGCUCUACUUCGAUGGCACUCUUGGCUGGCGCCAGGACGGCAGCGGCGCGGCUGUUCCUCAGACGCCCAAGAAGGUGCCCAACGACUUCGGCAGCUUCGCCAGUCUGUCUCGCUUCUCGCCUCGUCGCGCGACAUUUGCCAGCUCCUCGGAGUCGGAGGCCCGCAUUGAGAACAGCGUGGGGCACUCUGCUUGUAACGCAGCUGCCUGAGCAUAUUCGAAAACACUACCCCGGCCAGGUGCGUGUUUACCUGCCUCCUUUCCCGUACGUUCUUCCCCCGGCUCCAACUAGGCGUCGCUUCACUCAUUACGGCCUCGAAGAGGAACCCGUUCUACAGUGUCCACGCCAAUUUGUUUCCAUAAUCGAGCUGCAGGGUCCAGCACGCGAGCUAUUUUUCGAAACAGUGUAUGGAGAAGGUAAGGGGAAGACAAUUCUUCGCUCGCCUGUUUGGGAUGGCGGCCGCGAUCUGGACGCUGCUAAUAACACCGUUGGUGAUGUCAAGAUGGAGGACGCGUUCGAUGCGCCUGCUACUGCUGACAAGGAUGUGCCUGAGGUUAAAAUGAGCUGUAUGUACCACAUGCACACUGAGGAUCGUGCUUGUUGGCUUCUGAAGAACCCCCUCGUUAACGGAGGCGUGUGGCCAACUGAAGACGAGGAGUAGGGUUUCAUAUAUUUCCCUGAAGUUUUCGAUGCGGGAAUGAUCUCUCUGCCAGAGCAGCUGCUCUCACACGUCGCCAGCAGUUCAUCCUGACUGUUCCUACCACGAAUUUCGCUGGUAAUUAUCCUGCCAUUGAUCGAGCGGUAGACGCAAAGCAUGCUGAGACGUAAUGAACUAGCUUUUCACCUCUCCCUUUCCAUAAUUGUAGUUUGUCCCUGUUUCCCUAACUUACCCG